AUGAUCACAUCUCUAUCAAUAUUCUACCUUUGAUUACGAGAAUGGGAAGAACUCCAUGCUGCAACGAAGCUGGUUUAAAGAAAGGUGCAUGGACAGCUGAUGAGGACCACAAACUCAUCGCUUAUAUUCAAGAACACGGAGAAGGAGGGUGGCGGACCUUGCCUCAGAAAGCUGGUCUCCAAAGAUGUGGGAAGAGUUGCAGAUUGAGGUGGGCUAAUUAUCUUAGGCCUGACAUCAAGAGAGGAGAGUUCAGUGCAGAGGAAGAGGAAAAGAUCAUUGAACUUCAUGCUUCUCUAGGCAACAGGUGGUCUGCAAUUGCGAGGCACUUGCCAAAAAGAACAGACAAUGAGAUCAAGAAUUAUUGGAACACACAUCUCAAGAAACGAUUGGUUGAUAUGGGUAUUGAUCCUGUGACUCACAAGCAAAUUGGCCCUUCUCCUACAUCACCACCCAAUGAUAAUUCCUGCAAUGUGAACGAGGAAAGAAGUGGCUCUGAAUUCAUGCCGAUCCAAAGGUCUACCUCAACUUCGGCCAAGUUGCUCAAUAGAGUAUCUGCAAAGUUUGCACAAAUGCAGCGUAAAGAAAUGGCCACCUCACGCCCAACACCUUCUCCUUGUCUUGAUGCAAUCAAGGCACUGUUGCUUAACUCAGCUAAAGAUAGCAUUAUUGGUAGUGGCAGCAGUGGUGGAGGCGGCGGCGGUGAUGAUAGUGAUGUUGAAAUUUUACCAUCUAGGCCUAUUUCACGUUCAAGUUCAAGUCGGAUAUUAUUAAAUAAAAUGGCUAGUAAACUAGCACCUUCAAAGAGCCUUGAUUUGCUUAAGAAUAGUCUAAGUGUUCCAUCAAUGGCAAGUACAAGUGUUUCGGAUACUAGCACUACUGUUGGUAGCUACAAUAACAUUGAUUCUCCCAUUUCUAUAUCAGACUUUUUGGAGAGCAUGCCAACUUCAUCUUCUGCAUGCGAAUCAUCUGAAUUUACAGGAAAUUUAGGCAUGGGUGAAGACCAAGUUAACGAAGCAAUUGCAGCACUUCAUCAAGCAAUGGAAUUGGACACCACCACCCCCCAAGAAUACCCUAUGUACGCAUCCUACGAGUUAGAGGAGUUAUUAGGCGAUUUUGGAGGUGAAGAUGGGGCAAAUUUUACUAGUGCUGUGAGCCAGAGCAAGGCCGGUGAUUCCCAAGUUGCCAUAUCUAUGGAACCCACGAGUGAUUUCAUUGAAAAGUUCACAAAUAUGCCUUUUGGUUGCAGUCCCAAUGAGUACUCCACCAUCAAAGAUUAUUACCAUGGUAAGGAAGAAAGCAACAGUGGAGCAUUGGAAGUGAAUAUGAAUUAUUGGAAUGAGGAUUUUGAUUUGGUUAAUUUUGCAAUGCAAUAAUUGAUAUAGGGAGCAAUGUUUUUAAGUGAUUAUUUACUUCGUAUAUCGAAGUCAAUUUUUGUUAGCCAAGUAGGAACAAAUAAUUGAAAUCGUUAACCCCAAUAAAAAUUUAUAAAGAAAAGGAA